UUACAAGAACAAGUUUGUACCUCAGCCUAAGUCAGUAAACCAGCACUGCUCAUUAGGACUUAAUGACUCGCCUCAGGCUGCAGCAGAAGAAAGCAUGUCAUCGAGGGACAGUAUCUUCAGAAAUUCAAAGCGGAGAGAAAUUUUGCUUUAUAUUCCAUGGGUGAUACUGCUAAGCCACGAAGAGUUCCUACCCUGCUCUCUUUUCUUUUUAAAGAUGAACAGUGAUGAACUGUACUCAGGGUUUUUGAGAAAGAUCAGUGAUGCUGUGAGGAGUCUGUAUCCAAAUGGAGUUAAGUUUCUCAUUCUAUAAAUUUCUAGUGAUUGGAAGAAAUUCCUGUAUCUCCACAUUCUUUCAAGCUUCUAAAGAUGUUGUUUAAUCCCAAUACCACUGGCUGAAGAGGACAUUUAAAAUACUGUCCAAAUGAAUGGAGGCAGUGGAAGAAAUUUUAGAUGUGUUUGCUGUUAUUUCUUCUGUACUUCCAGCUUGAAGAUGUACUCUGUGCUCCCCCUCAUGCAAGGACAACUUGUUUUUUGCCUGUUCUCUACCUGCAAAACCGAAGAAAGAGCGAGGCAGAACAGGUCAAGUUGAUCGUAAACUCAUAUUUUCUCUUUGAGAGCAACAGUAUUUUUCUUUUGUGUCAUAAAAAAGUGCAACUAUGAAGGGUUUCAGUGACUGAAAUCAGGAGGUAAAUAAUACCACUGUAUUAUUGUUAUAUUAGCAAAGAAAAAUUUCUGUAGGAGAGCACACAGUCUCUUUUGUGGCAAUGUGUUUGUACAGACAAAGCAUUUUAAUGCUUUCUUUAUAUUGAAACUUGUGUGAAAUGGUGCACAGAGAAAACACUUGUUCUUUAUUAGUACCUUUGUUUUAACUGUCCCCGUCUUUAAUGGUCAGCCCCGCAUCUUUCAGCAAAGGCUAGAGGGCCUGUGGACGUUUCCUUAAAAUACAUGAGUAGUGGAGUAUUUUCCGUGAAAAACCCUGUUCAAAAAGCGGAGAUUAUUGUACCCACUCAGCUGAUUGCUGGGUUCUGGCAAUGGAAUUGGAGCUCGGCUGGGGAGCGUUUCUGGCCCCGCGCGGCCGCCGUACCGCGGUCGCGCCCUGCCCGCGAUGGCGGCGCCCGAGCCGCCGCCGCCCGAGGGUUCCAGGCCGCUGAGCGCGCUGCUGAGCGGCAUCGCCCAGGCCGCCUUCCACGGCACCGCCGGCAUCACCGAGGAGCUGCUGCGCGCCCAGCUCUACCCCGACGCUCCGCCCGAGGAGUUCCGCGCCCUGCGCGCCAAGAUGGGCGGCCUCCUGCAGUCAAUUGCUUCAGCAGACAUGGAUUUGAAUCAGCUGGAAGCUUUCCUCACUGCCCAAACCAAAAAACAAGGUGGCAUCACAUCAGAUCAGGCUGCAGUCAUUGCAAAAUUUUGGAAGAACCACCGGACUCAAAUCCACGAGAGCCUGAUCAAUCAGAGCCGCUGGGAUAAUGUCCUGAAAAACAUGAACUGGAGAGUGGACCUGAAGUCACAGUUGAGGCACAUUGAUCAGAUAAACACUCCUGUUGCAAUAGUUGAAAUGGAACUGGGAAAAAAUGGGCAGGAAUCGGAGUUUCUCUGCCUGGAGUUUGAUGAGGCCAAGGUGAGCCAGAUGCUGAAGAAACUGUCAGAAAUAGAGGAGAGUAUGACUUUGUUGACUCAGACUACUUAACCAAAUAAAGAGAUUGCAACUUACAAAAAAAA